AACAUACUCCUUUGAUAAUAUCCUUAUAGCAAAAUCGGACAAGUUGCUUGGCAUGGUCCUAGGGUUUAAUAUUGUCCGGGAAAUGUUAAAAAAUAGAUAGCUUCACCUUUAUACUAGCUCAUAUACCACGUUACUAAUUUAAAACUGGACCAUGAUUGAAUAGAAGCUUUGUGAGCACCAAUCCAUUGAGUUACUUAGGAAUAGCGGAAGGAAACCUUGCGGCCGACUACGCAAAGAAAAUAGUAAAACAGUAACAGCAAAAGAAUUUUUUUCACGGAAAGACGAGAAAAAACAAAGAUGGUGAAAGCUGCAUAUGAUCCUGUGCGUAAACUGCCUCGCUAUUUGCGAACAGAAGACCUUCCAGUACACACUUUUACACCCCAAACAUAUCAACUGGAGUUGCUGGAUGCUGCCUUACAUCAAAACACAAUAGUAUGUGUGAAUUCACCUCCUGGGAAAACAUUUAUUGCAGUCAUGCUUAUCAAAGAAAUGGCUAUACAAAUAAGACCAAUGGUACCUGAUAUUGCCAAACGCAAGUUUACAGUGUUUCUAGUAUCGUCAGUCAAUGUAGAGUCACAGGCCAAAGUAGUCUGUCAUCAUACAGACCUGUCAGUCGGUUAUUACACUGAUGAUACAGAAAUUACAGUCGAUCAGGCUGAUAAAUGGAUUCCAGAACUGCUGACACAUCAAGUGUUUGUUACAACAGCUUCAGUUUUUCUCAACAUUCUACAGUGUGAAUUCUUAUCACUUAAUCAAAUAAACCUCCUUCUUAUUGAUGAGUGUUCGGAUAUCUGUGUUAGUGAGUCACAUAAAGAGGUAAUGAAAAUCUAUGAAAAAUGUGAAAAAAAUUUACAGCCUCGAAUUGUUGUGUUGACUGCAGUUUUGCUGUCUAGUAAAUGUCGAGACCCUAAUGAACUAGAAAAUACCAUCAACAAAUUAGAGUCCAUAUUUCACUCAGUUGCUGAGACAUCAACUUUAGUUUUCUCUGAACGCCAUGGCACCAGCCCCAAAGAAAAUGUGCUGGAAUGUAAUAGUGACUUUGAUGAAAUCCAGCAAAUGCCAGAAGUUUCUAUGAUCCUGCAAGAAUCUCUAUUUUUUAUCGAUGAAUGUAUCCUUUCUGAGAAGGAGAAAGAAAAUAUUAAAGAUCCUCUGCAAGUUCCUCGCACAGCUCUUGCUCAGUGUCUUAACAUACUUGAUGUCCUAGGACCGUGGUGUGCCAAUCACAUAGCAGAAAUGUUUAUUAAACAGUUAGAAAAAAUUAUUGGACAUGAACAGUCAGAAAUUGGUAAGCUGCUAUUACGUUACACAACAACUCAACUCAGGAUUGUGACCAAAACAUUUGAGAAGUUAUUCAACAUUGAUUAUUGUAUUGACGAGUUUUUACCGUUUCUUACUCCGAAAGUUAUUAAAUUGGUGAAUAUUCUGCGUGGUUAUAAACCAGAAUUUGAGUUUGUAAUUUUGAGAGAUGAAAAUGCUGAUGGAAUGGAACAUUCCGAUGAUGACACAAUGGAUGAUCUAUCUGACUCCGACAGUGAUGACUACGUUAAUUCAUCUCACCACAAGAAUGACUUACAUAUCACUUUGAAACACCCUGCUGCAGCUCGAGCAGAGUAUUCCGACUCCGAUCCUUUGGAACAGGAAGAAGAAAAGAGAUUAUGUGGACUUAUUUUUGUUGAUUGCAAAUACGUUGCAUAUGCUUUAAAUAAGGUAAUUGAAGAGAUCUGUGCAUGGGAUGAAAAUAUGUGCUUUGUUAAGAACGGACACAUCACUGGUUAUAAGUAUGGAGCUAAGAGAGAAUCCACGACUUUCCGGAAGCAUGAAGAGGUUUUACGUAAAUUCCGUAUGCAAGAGAUCAACGUACUGGUAGCAACUUCUAACUUUGAAGAAUGUAUUGACAUACCAAAGUGUAAUUUGGUUGUUUGCUUUGAUCCACCUAAAGACUACAAGUCAUAUAGUCAGUCAAAGGCUCGUGCACGUGCUCGGAAUGCAAGUUUCCUCAUGCUAAUUGAUAGUGAAAAAGCACGACCAUUUUUAACAGAACUCAAUACAUACAAAAGAAUAGAACAGGUUUUAUUGCGAAAAUACAUAAAUAAAGCUGAGCCUUCCAAGGAAGAACUAAUACAAACCCUUGAACAAUACAACAUCCCACAGUCGGUAGUUUUAAAUACCAAUAACAACACAAACAACAACAACAACAAUUCUACUUCUCCCAUUACACUGUUUUCAGCCAUCUCUAUUGUUAACAGAUACUGUGCUAAGUUACCUAGUGAUGCCUUUACUCACCUCACACCCAAAUGCACUGUUGAAAAGGUCAAUGUUGAUAAUGAAACCCAUUAUGUUGCUACUCUUAAACUACCAAUCAAUUCUCCAGUGAAGAAAGAUGUUCAAGGAGAUGUAAUGCCAAGAGAAAAGUUAGCCAAAAUGUCUGCUGCGCUCAAAAUGUGCCAAGAACUCCAAAUUCAAGGAGAACUAGAUGAUCACUUCCUUCCAGUGGGGAAAGAGAUUUUGAAGCAUGAAGAGAAAGAAGCCUUAAAGGAUCCUCUGAAAUAUGGGGAAGAGGAUGAGGUAGAGUGGGAAGAAGAGGAAGAGGAGGAACUCAUUGGCUGUCCAAGACCAGGCACCACAAAACGAAAACAGUAUUACUUUAAAAAGGCUGCAGAUGCUCUGAUUAACAACCAUGUUGAUACUAACCAGCUUUGUUGCUUAUAUAAUAUUCAUAUGGUACUGACUGGACCUAUCACAGAAGAGCAAAAUACACGUGGAAGGAAGAUCUAUGUUCCAGAAAACACACCAAGAGGGUUUGGAAUCUUGUCCUUGAAAAACAUUCCUCAGGUUCCAUGUUUUCCAGUAUAUACUCGUUCUGGAGAGGUAACUGUAUCUCUUGAUAUGGUUGAGUCAAACGUAUCAAUAAAUGAAAGUCAGCUGAAUAAGCUGACAAUUUUUCAUCGAUUUGUGUUCAGCACAGUACUUCGACUGGAGAAGGAUCCUAUUGACUUUAUGCCUGACGAAGCAAAAGUCGGUUAUCUUAUAGUACCUUUGAUAGAAGAUGACAGUGGACAUCAUAUUAACUGGAAUUUUGUGAAUGAAGUCCAGUUUUCCUUCAGCAGAAAUCAUCCUGAUAUAUAUGAUUCAAAAAGAGAGAAAUUUAAGUUUUGCACUGAAGACUUCGAAGAUGCAGUUGUGAUGCCUUCGUAUCGCAACAUGGAUCAACCACAGCAUUUCUAUGUUGCUGAGAUCAAAUACGACCUGAAUCCAAACAGCCCGUUUCCUUCUCCUGAGCUUUAUAGGACAUUUAAUGAGUAUUACUCUAAAAAAUACGGUCUUCAUAUCACUAACUUGGAACAACCUUUAUUGGAUGUUGACCAUACUUCUGCACGUCUGAAUUUAUUAACUCCACGUUACAUGAAUCAAAAAGGCAUCGCUUUGCCAACCAGCAGUGCAGAAACCAAGAAAGCCCGUCGAGAAAACUUACAACAAAAACAAAUCUUGAUUCCAGAAUUGUGUGUGGUUCAUAUCUUCCCUGCUUCUCUGUGGCGUAAAGCUGUGUGUCUUCCUGCUAUUCUUUACAGAAUAAACUAUCUUUUGAUUGCUGAAGAGAUUCGUGUCAAAGUUGCCCAAGGAACCAAAAUUGGUGUCAUUGAAAUUCCAAAAGGCUUUCACUUUCCUAAACUUGAUUUUGGUUUUGAAACCAAUCCAGAAAAGAUUAUUGAUAAUAAAACUGAAAGUGAGAUGAAGGUUACAAAAGCCAAGGAAAAUGGAACCUGCACAUCUUUGUCAAAGACUGCUGCAAGUUAUAGUAACAAGCUUGUAUUUAAAGAUGCUAAAGAAAACAAUGAAUUAAUAAAAAAUGAUUCAGAAAAUCAGAAAGAUAUCAAAGAAAUGCCAGUAAGAGAAAUGGUAAAUAAUGUUGAGUGCAAGAAAUUAAACUAUAAAAAGCCUUUUAUAAAGAGCAAUUCAACAGAAUCUCUACAUAAAAGCUGCAAUAAAGAUGACUGCAACAGGCCUUUGAAGGAUUCUAAUAGAAUUCAAGAGGCUCUUAAUGCUGCAGCGGGAAAGAACAACUAUGAGCGGAGAGAAGAUUCCGUUAGUACCUCAUCUAGCAGAAGUUAUAACCAUUCAGAUUUUAACAAUUUUAAAUCCUGCUCUGUAAACAACAGCGAAGAAAGGAAAUUUCAACCUCAACAAUUUACAAAUAAGAAAAAGCAUGAAAAAGAUGCACAAUGGUCAAAUGAUAACAUUAAAGAGGAGAAACUCAAAGAGGAAAAGAAUAAUAAGUCUUUCUCAAAAUCUCCUUUUACUAACCUGCAAAAUUCUGGUAGAAUACCUAACGGCAGUAAAAUAGAUUUUAAGAUAACUUUCGAUAUUGCAAAGGAUUUGAAUCCCAAAGACAGUCUUGAUUCCUUUAAAGAAACCAGCGAAGUUCCGUCUAAUGUUAAAUUUCAGAAUGACACUCUAAAGAAAGAUCUAGAAUCUCUUGAUAUUCGUUUGAUUUGUGAUAACAGAAGCUAUCCUGAAGGAAAUGCUUUCCAUCAAAUGGAUAAGCAAAUUCGAAAAGAAAAGAAGGCUUCUAAGACAUUUGGCCAAAUAGAUGACUUUUAUCAAACAAAGUCAACAAAGUCUGAAAUGCUGAGUUCUACAAAAAUUGUAGAAAUUACAGAUUCCGAAGACCAUCAUAAAGACAAUAGUGACAAGCUUUCUAAUGGCAACUGUGAUAAAAGUGAAUUGAAAAACAUAUCUCCUACUUUUAGUCCACAGAAAGCUCCUGUGUGUAAAACCUCUGUGCAGAAUUCUAAUAACCAAGCAGGUUAUCCUCCAAUUGUAGAAACUUGUAAAGAAUUGAAAAAUAAUUUUAAUAAUGCUCGUCUUCAUUCUUCAAACAUAACCAUCGCCCAUAGCAACAUGGAUUCCGUAAAAGAUGUGGAAGAAAAACUUUGCAGUAACUCAAAAGGAAAUGAGGAAAAUUUAAAAACUUGUACAUCCACCACUUUCUCUUCAAAUAAAGACCAACAAUGUAAUUCAUAUACAGCUAGCAAUUCAAAAGAUAGUGUUGCACUACACUCUAAUUCCACUGCCACAGCAUUUAAUCCUCCCCAGGAGAAAACUUUAUCAACAACAUCUUCAGACUCUGUUUCUUCAUCUAGUCAUCAAUUACCAACACCCACUUCCCAUUCAUUAUCAGCGCUACCAGAGCAGCAAAUGUGUAAUCAUUCUAAUUCAUCAAAUCAGUCUGUAUUUAAUUGUACUCAGUCUACUUCUUCACCAACAGAUGAUGACAAAACAUCCUCAGAUUCAGAGAUCACUCCAUGUCAGACUGGACAAACUGUUUCCCACACUCAGGACUCUACUGACCAACCAGAGGUAGCUGUACAAGAUAUCUCUGCUCCAGCACCUUUACAUGAUAGAGACCAAAGAGAUGUUGAAGCUGUUUCACCACCCAUAGUCAUACAUAAUAAUAACAACAACAACAAUAUCAAUGUCAUUCAAAGCAAUUGCCCCAUUGAUGCAAAAGUACCCCUCUCUAACACAAACAAAUGCAUCACUCCUUUGUCCUCUCAUGAUAACGCCAUCUGUGAUAAUACAAGACACAAUUCCGACACCGAUGUCUUUCAAAAUAUAACAACAUUCAGUGGCCAGUCAGCAGCAGUAGAUAUGUCUAAAAUAUCUGACUAUGGCCAAUGUGAUGACACAACCAAUGCAAACCUUGUUUACAGCUAUGCUGAGGCUCAGGAGAAACUUGCUCAGUCUUCAAACACUCCACCUCUCUUGUUAGAUACUGAUAUUGAACUGAGUUGUUACAUUGGUCCAAGUCCAUGCAUUAUUUUGCAGGCGCUUACCAUGUCAAAUGCAAAUGAUUUUUUCAGCCUUGAGAGAUUAGAAACCAUUGGCGAUUCCUUUCUUAAAUAUGCUAUCACUGUUUACCUUUACUGUCAAUACCCAGGUAUCCACGAAGGAAAGUUAAGCUAUCUACGGAGUAAACAAGUAAGCAAUUAUAAUUUAUAUCGUCUUGGUCGUAAAAAGGGUCUUCCUGAGAGAAUGGUUUCAGCUAAAUUUGAACCUUAUGAGAAUUGGCUCCCACCUGGUUAUGUUAUUAAUGAAGAUCGUAGGCGCGGCCCCGUACACAAAGUUCACAUUUCUUCAAGCAGCAACAAGCAGGACCCUUGUUCAUCUGCAAAUCAAUGUGGAAGUGAAUCGGUUGAAGAAGAAAUUCUAUCGACAUCUUUUAACAAUGAAAAAUUAUCAUCAAAUCUAAACAAUGGCAUGAUGAACUUCAUUGAAAAUGACAAAAUUCCAAGUCAUGUACGAAAAGCAAAUUUAGAACAAUGGAAAUUCAACCAAGAACUGGAAGAAUUAAAACAAUCACAAGAACAAGAUGGUGUCAGUGGUUGUGGUAGUUCUACAAAUGAAAAGCCACUUGUUCCAUAUAGCUUGCAAACAAUUCAUAGCAUUCCAGACAAAAGUGUAGCAGACUGUGUUGAAGCUCUUAUUGGUUGCUAUCUGACUUGCUGUGGGAAAAGAGCUGCUCUUCUUUUCAUGUCAUGGCUUGGUCUAAAAGUGCUUCCUCAAAAGCACAUUUUGCAGGAGCAAUAUGAUGAUAAUAUCACUGAACACCAACUGGAUGAGCUGGAAACUCCUCUGUCACCACUCCUUACUCAUACAAUUAAUGCUGAAGAAGUUCUUGAACGUUUACUUGAUGGCUAUGAAACUUUUGAGAAAGAGAUUGGCUACAAAUUCUCUGAUCGAUCUUAUCUACUACAAGCUUUCACACAUGCAUCGUAUCAUUACAAUACAGUGACUGACUGCUACCAGCGUCUGGAAUUUUUAGGUGAUGCAAUUUUGGAUUACGUGAUCACUCGCCAUCUUUACGAAGAUUCUCAGCGUUAUUCUCCUGGGGUUCUCACUGACCUGCGAUCAGCUCUAGUCAAUAACAACAUUUUUGCUGCAUUAGCUGUCAAAUGGAACUUCCAUAAGUUUUUCAAAGCCAUAUCUCCGGAACUGUUUAAUGUGAUUGAAAGGUUUGUUGCUCGCCAAAAGGAAAAGGAAGAUGAAAUUGAUUUUGAUGAAGAAUUCCAAGAUGAAGGAGAAGAAAGUCCCGAUGAAGAAGUUGUUGAAAUGGAAAUUCCCAAAGCACUUGGUGAUAUAUUUGAGUCUGUUGCUGGUGCUAUCUAUCUUGACAGCAACAGGUCUUUAGAUGUGGUCUGGAAAGUUUACUAUCGUAUAAUGAAGCCACAAAUUGAGAAAUAUUUGAAAAGUAUUCCAAAGUCACCUGUACGAGAAUUAUUGGAACUGGAACCAGAAACUGCUAAAUUUGAGAAACCUGAGAGGACAGUUAAUGGUAAAAUCCGAGUUACAGUCAAAGUUGCCGGUAAAGGUGUUUAUAAUGGUGUCGGACGGAAUUAUCGCAUUGCAAAGAGUGCUGCUGCCAAAAAAGCUUUGAGAAUCCUUAAAACUAUGCAAUCACAAGGCUUCAUUGCUCAACUAUCAAAUGAAAAGAUGAUGCAGGGAUAACCUGGAUAGAUUGCUAAUCAAGGUACAUCUGUGAUUCCAUAAUCAGCCAUACGUACCAUGACAUGGCUGCAGAUCAUUGUUUCAACUACUUGGCACCGAGUGUAUGUGUAUAUAUUUGCUUACGUUGUGUGUGUGUGUGUGUGUGUGUGUGUGUGUGGUGGAGUGUUUGGGUGCAUGAGAGAGAGAAAAACAAAGUUUAAUUUGUAUGUAAGAAGUAAUCAAGGUUUAAUGUCAGAUAUUGAGUAGUAAGUAUGUUUAUGAUAAUGAUAAUUUUUAAUUUAUGAGUGAAUCUUUGCAUUUUCCUGGUUAACGACAUGGAUCAUAGUCUUCAAAUUUAAAAUAGAGCUUUAAUUCUAAAGAGAAAGAUCUGGGAUGGCUUUUAGCCUUUAAGACUAUUAAGGCAUUGCUAAUUUGUAUUUUGAGUUUCUAGUGUGUGUGUGAGAGAGAGAGAGAGAGAGAGAGGUUGUCAGACUUGUGUAAAGAAUUUGAAAAAAAGUUAAGUGUUUAUAUUGUGAUUCAGAAAUGAUGUUUUAAUUUUUUUUUUUUUCAAACACUUCGAUUGCAAGACAUAAAUUGUAAACGUCCUUAUUUACUAACUGAAUUCCAGAAUUAGUGAAAUGGCUCAUCCAUAAUUGUUAAUUACAUUUCAUAUCUUCAUUCUGGUUUUUCAUAUUCCACUGUUCAUCAUUGUAUCUAGAUUUCUUUUGACACAAAUUUGGAACUUCACUAACAUUCAAAACAAACUUCUCAUGCCCAUUGUUUGCAUACAUUUAUACUCAACCUUCAAAAUGUGGUGUAAAAAAGUGAAUAGCAAGCCGAAAUUCCCUCUCUUCCUGUCUCUUUUUCUCUAUUCUUCCUCUCAAAUAUAACUAUUUAUUCUUUGUUAAAUAUUACAAGAAAUCAUACAUACUUAGUCCCAAUCUAAUUUUAUGUAACACUAAAUAAUGAUAAAAGAAAUAAUACCAGAUCAAUUUCUGAGCAAUCAGCGUAUCCACUAAAUAAUCCUCGACUGCAUACCCCAUUGCUCAACAACAUUUGUAACUGUUAUAUCCAUCAGAAGUUAUAACAGCAUCUUCUAGUGUUACUUCCUCCAGAAACAGCAUCCUGUGUGUGAAGUACAGAAAUAUUCUCUCUGUAUUGGCUGUGAAGUUUCAUCAUGAGUAUUUUGACAAAUUGUUCUUAUUUUUUCAAAAUUUUAUCUAAAACUAAAUCAAUAUUUAAAUUAAUCCCAUGGGAAGUAUUAAAUAAUUAUCACUAUUAUAUUGUUUAGCUUCUGUUAAGAGUUUUUGAAAUUGCAGAUUUCAUUUCAACAAAAUACAUAAUUAAUGUAUGAAGGGAAGAUUAAAAUUAUCAAUAAAAUGUGAUUUGUAAGAAGUUGAUUAUACAGGGGGGUGGGCAAAAGUAAGUAUACAGUUUCUUAAAAUACGAGUGGAAUGUUCUGUUCCUUUCCUAUUUCUGUUUUGCCCCAACAAUCCAUAAGUCAACUGAGGGAUCUGUGGGAAAUGUCUAGUUCAUUGAAAGCCCCCUUUUUAUUAUUUUUUUUUUAUUUCUGGGGACGUUAAGUGAAUGCUUCAGCCACAAGCAACUGUAUACCUACUUUUGUCUACCCCCGUAUUAUUUCAAUUAAAUUACAAUAACUUAUGAUUUUACAUCUUUACUAUAUUCUUUGCUGAUUUUGUAAUUCUGAUUUCUUUGUUUUAGUUCCUAUAGACAUGUUAAUUUUUCAUAGUCUCUGUUAAUUUAUAUCCUUCUAUUCAUACACAUAUUCAGUCUACCACUGUCACAUACAUUUCUUUCUUUUAUCAUAUCUUCCCUUUACUUUAUUAUUGUUAUUUUAUUCUUCUUCUCCCUGUUAUUUUAUUUCUCUCCCCCUGUAAGUGUUGUGUAUGGACUUUGAAUUGGUUAAAAAAAUCUUGCUAUAGCCAUUAUCAACUGUCUGCUGCUCAAACAAAAACCUACUGUAUCCUAUAAUUUAUAUUUUUUUAUUAACCUGAAAAUAUGUUGUAAACCAAGUACUUCCACGUUUUGUGUGAUAUUGUUUUGUGUAGUUUCACUAAAACCUUUUAUUUCAUCCAUAUCUCCUAAUUUAGGAAGCUAUCCUUUGAAAGAAAUAGCUGUUACCGAUUCUUUUCCUGACAGCUUAUGUCACUCCAUUAUCUAUUUGUCUGCAGAUUUAUAAAAUGUUAAACGAUGUUGUCUUGGUAAAUUCUGUGAUGUUUCUGGAUGUUGUACCAGAUUUCCUCAAAUCUAAUAACCAUUUUCAUUUACCAGUGGUAUGAUAUAAUAUUGUUGGAUACCUACAAAUAAAAGUUAAUUUUCUUUUUCUGUUCAGAAUUUUAUCUCUAAAAUCUUCCAACAAAGAGAAAAAGUAAAUAAAAUAUGAAAGUUA